GCGCGCCGCCCCAGCGAAGAUGGCGGCUGAGCUGCAUCCGCGCAGCGGAAAACUCAUCGGGCUGUCCAACUCGAACCGCACUGCACAGCGAAAUCAGCCGGUUCAGGAGUUUAAUCACGGUCUGGUGCUCAGCCGGGAGCCGCUGCGGGACCGCGAUGUCUUCACGGUUCGGAUCGACAAGAAGGUGAACUCGUGGAGCGGCUCUAUAGAGAUCGGCGUGACGGCGCUGGAUCCGGCCGCUCUCGACUUCCCCAGCAGCGCCACAGGGCUGAAGGGCGGCUCGUGGAUCGUGUCCGGCUGCUCCGUGCUGAAGGACGGCCGCUCGGUUCUGGAGGAGUACGGGCGUGACCUGGACCAGCUGAGCGAGGGCGACCGCGUCGGGAUCCAGAGGAACGGCCGAGGAGAGCUGCACCUGUGGGUGAACGGGCAGGACUGCGGUCCGGCGGCCAGCGGCCUGCCCUCGCGCCUGUGGGCCGUAGUGGAUCUCUACGGCAAGUGCACUCAAGUCACUGUGGUCAGCUGCGAGCCUCCGCCGGACACAGAGAACGAAGAUCGGGAGGAGUUAGAGGAGGGAGAGGUGGACAGGGCGGCGUCCGCGGCGGCGUCUCCGGCUGCUCUCAUGCCGGAUCAUGAGGACACAACGGGGGGCGUGGUGUUACCCGGGGUUCCCGCUAUAGCUGCUGUGAUGAACGGCUCGGCUGAGGACGCUCCUGAAGUUACACGAGGACACGGACACGGCCGACCUGACAAAUUCCCCAAUAACUUCGAUCCAGACACUGUCCUCACGGAGCACCAGUUAUUCGACGUGUUUAACAACGCCAUCGUGUCGCUGUACCGAUCAGAAGACGAGGGCAGAGAGGACUUGGGUUUAGGAGGAGCAGGUGGUUCAGGAGGAAGUUCAGACUCCUCCAGAGGGGGAACAGGAAGCAGUAAUGGAUCCCGAGGAGCAGGGGGAGGAGGAAAUGAGAACGGAGUCGGAGGUCGAGCAGAGGGCGGGGGAGGCAACAAUAACAGCCCAUCAGGGAAUGGAGGAGGAGGAGGAGGAGGAGGAGGAGGAGGAAGUGGGGCGGGGACGACGGUAUGCAACAGUGGGAUGACCACCAAUGACGCGCUGCUGUUCCACGAGAAGUGUGGCACGCUGAUUAAACUGAGCAACAACAACAAGACGGCCGAGAGGAGGAGACCGCUGGACGAGUUCAACAACGGCGUGGUCAUGACCAACCGCCCGCUCAGGCACAACGAGAUGUUUGAGAUUCGUAUCGAUAAACUGGUGGAUAAAUGGUCCGGAUCCAUUGAGAUCGGAGUGACGACUCACAACCCAAACAGUCUGGACUAUCCUGCAACAAUGACCAACUUACGCUCAGGUACCAUCAUGAUGAGCGGCUGUGGGAUUUUGACCAAUGGCAAGGGCACACGUAGGGAGUACUGUGAAUUCAGCCUGGAUGAGCUCCAGGAAGGGGAUCAUAUUGGCCUGAUGAGGAAAGCCAGCGGUGCUUUACACUUCUACAUCAACGGCAUAGACCAAGGCGUAGCUGCUAACCAGACCCCGGGUGUGGUGUACGGUGUAGUGGACCUCUACGGCAUGGCGGUAAAAGUCACCAUCGUCCACAAUCACAACCACAGCGACCGUUUACGCCGCAACAACGCCAUCAUGAGAGCGCUGUCACCUGACGUGGGCCGACCCCGACCCGCCCUCUCGCUCACCCCCGACCCCGAAGCCCCGGACCGACUACUCUUCCACCCCAACUGCGGGCAGAAAGCGGCCAUCAUCGGCGACGGCAGGACGGCACUACGACCUCAUGCGACAGACGACUUUAAUCACGGAGUCGUGCUCAGCAAUCGCCCGCUGCACUCCAACGAAGUGUUCCAGGUGCGCAUCGACAAAAUGGUGGACAAGUGGGCGGGGUCUAUUGAGAUCGGUGUGACCACGCAUAACCCCGCCUACCUACAGCUACCUUCCACCAUGACCAACCUGCGCUCAGGGACGUGGAUGAUGACGGGGAACGGAGUGAUGCACAACGGAACCACGAUACUAGACGAGUACGGACACAACCUGGACCGACUAAAAGCUGGAGACACUGUCGGUGUGGUGCGGAAGGACGAUGGCAGCCUGCACUUCUUCGUGAACGGAGUUCCUCAGGGGCCGGCAGCCUGGAACGUGCCGCCCAACGUUUACGCCGUAGUGGAUCUUUAUGGUCAGGCGGCUCAGGCAACCAUCAUGGACGACAUGGCCGACCUCCCCCCUCUCCCGGACGACAUCUCUGAGGGUCCGAUCGCCAUGUCCCCCGGCAGCCCGUGUUCUGUCACUGGGGUCAGUGCGGCCAGUGACCUGCGCUUCCAUCAGCUGCACGGCACCAACGCCGUCAUCACCAACGGCGGCCGCACAGCUCUCCGUCAGAACUGCCGCAGCGAGUUCAACGACGCCAUCGUCAUCUCCAACAGGUGCCUUCGUGAUGGUGAGUUGUUUGAGAUUGUGAUUCAGAAGAUGGUGGAUCGCUGGUCAGGAUCAAUAGAGGCAGGAGUGACUGCGAUCAGACCAGAGGAACUGGAGUUCCCCAACACUAUGACUGAUAUCGAUUACGAUACCUGGAUGCUGAGCGGCACAGCGAUCAUGCAGGACGGGAAUACCAUGAGGAAUAACUAUGGCUGUGAUCUGGACUCCCUGGGGACGGGCUCCAGGAUCGGAAUGAUGCGUUCAGCCUCCGGAGAUCUCCACUACUACAUAAACGGAGUGGACCAGGGCGUGGCGUGUACCGGAUUACCACCAGACGUGUAUGCUGUGAUUGAUCUGUACGGUCAGUGCGUUCAGGUGACCAUCACCAGCUCAUCUGGUCCUCUUGACAACAGCCUGUGCACCAGUAACAUCACAGAGAAGAGUUUCCCAAUACACUCACCAGUGGCAGGAGUGGCUCAUCGUCUGCACAGCAAACACGGGAAGAAUGUGGUGUUGCUGGGAGACGGCUGCCAGGCCGUCAGGGUGGGAGGGUAUUCUCACGGCAUCGUCUUCAGCGCAAAGGAGCUCAAAACGGAUGAACUGUUCGAGGUGAAGAUCAACGAGGUGGAUGAGCAGUGGUCUGGGUCGCUCCACAUCGGCUUGACCACCCUGCAGCCCCCAGAACUGCCCUCCUGCCCCCUCAGCGGCCUGUCGCCCUCCCUCACUCAGCUCAGGUCAAAGGUCACCUGGCUGCUCGCCGGUUCGGAGGUCAGACGCAACGGCAUGCUGCUGAGACAAAACUUUGGCUGCUCGCUCGACCGACUGACGGUGGGGAACCGUGUGGGUGUGAAGAGAUGCACCGACGACACAAUGCACGUCUUCAUCGAUGGAGAGGACAUGGGACCUGCAGCUACCGCUGUGGCUAAGAACGUGUACGCAGUGCUGGACCUGUACGGGAAGGUGACCGCCGUGUCCAUCGUCAGCUCCACUCUGGUGGAGGACACGGACAGUGUGAAGGCUCCAUCGCUGUCCUCGGACAGCUGCAGUGACGGAGAGGACGAGUCCACACCGUGCGAGAGCGAGCCUGCCAUGGUUCCCAUGGCGAUGGCCUUUCUGGAGAAUCAUGGGAAAAACAUCCAGCUGUCCAAUCAGAACCUGACGGCCGCACGAGUGUCGAGUUAUAACCAGGGCCUGCUGGUCACAGCACAAGCUCUGCCACGCCAGCAGCUCUUCCAGUUUCAGAUAGACAGAUUGAACACGUCGUGGACGUCGUCUCUGUCUCUGGGUGUGAUCGGUCACUCUCCAGAUCGUCUCAACUUCCCCUCCACGGCCUGCUGCCUUAAACGCUCUGUCUGGCUGCUGCAGCGAGACUCUGUCUUCCACAACUCACUGAAGAUCUGUGAGAACUACGGGCCGAACUUGGACACGUGUCCUGAGGGGACGGUGCUGGGUCUGCUGGUGGACGCUAACGGCUGUCUCCACCUGUAUGUGAACGGGAUGGACCAGGGCGUGGCAGCGCAGGACAUCCCGAGCCCCUGCUACCCGCUAAUCGACCUGUACGGCCAGUGUGAGCAGGUUACCAUAGUGACCAGCCACAUGGAGGCGGUGGGGGCGGAGAGCGGAGACGUGCGCUGCCAAGGCGACAUGGAGAAGGCCGACAUGGUGGACGGAAUAAAGGAGAGUGUGUGCUGGACGCCUCCUCCUGAGGUGAACCCCAAUAAGACGUGCGAGUACCAGGCUCUCUGCUCCAGAUUUAAGGAUCUGCUCACACUGCCUGAUGGUUACUUCAGCGAGGACACUAAGUAUAACCUGUGUUACUGCGAGUCCUGCCACAAGCUGCGUGGCGAUGAGGCUUACUACAAACACGGCGAGCCGCCCCGGGACUACGCCCUGCCCUUCGGCUGGUGCCGCUUCGCCCUGAGGAUAAAGCCGCACUGCGAAGUAUCGAACACCUACAAGAAGUGGCACAUUGCGUACCAUGGGACGAGUGUGGGGUCUCUGCGCCGCACGCUGGACCACAGCCAGCUUCUGCCAGCAGACUCGUCGUCCGUGUUCUCGGCGUCUCCGGUGAAGGUCGAGGGUCACGGCAGCUACGGUGAGCCGGAGGAGAACAGCGCCCCCGAGAGGGAGAUCCCCCGCGUGCACCUCUCCCCCACCAUGCGCUACUCGGGCCUCGAGGUCUUCGCCCCUAAAGUGCAAUUCCGGGACCCUCGCUCCCUGCGCUGUCAUCACGCCCAGGUGGGCUUCCAGGUGUGCGUGCGUCCGGGCUCCUACAAGGCCGGGCCUCAGUCUCUGGGCAUCAGCGAGCCGCUGGAUCCCAGAUUCAACAACACAGAGAUCGAGUGGAUCACCAAGGAGAAAGGAGGAACCCUGCUGUAUGGCCUGCUCAUCCGUGUGGAGUGAGGGAUAGAGGAGUGAGAGAGAGCGAGAGAGAGAGAGAGAGAGAGAGCGCUCAGGCUGCUGGUCCUGCUUCAGAGAAAUAAAGUUAAGCUCUGUUCUCUCUCGAUUUUCUUUUAUUUGAAGGUGGUCUUUUUUUGGGAGACACUUCCUGCACUUUAUGUUUUGGACCCCAGCAGGUGAUUUCUCUCUCUCUCUCUCUCUCUCUCUUUCUCUCCCUCCAUUGUCGUCUUUCUCACUCUCUUUCUCUCACUUUGUCUGUCCCUCUUUCCUCCUUUAUAUUUCUUUCUUUCUUUCUUUAUCUCUUUAUCUCUCUAUCCCUUCUCUAUUUCUCUUUCCAUCUUUCACACUCUUUGUCUCUCUCUGUCUUGCCCUCUUUCUUUUUCUUUCUUUCUUUCUUUCUUUCUUUCUUUUAGUAUCUCUCUAUCCCUUUAUUUCUCUUUCCCUGUCUUUCUCACUUUUUGUCUCUCUCUGUCUCACCCUCUUUCUCGUUGUCUCUCUCUCUCUCUCUCUCUCUCUCUCUGUAUCCGUUAAAGAAGGUUGGACUCCAAUCACCUCCUCAUAGCACAGCCCUGGAUCCUGUGAGCAUUUUUUUUUCUUUUUUUUUUUUUUUCUUUCUUUCUUUUUUUUUUUUUUAAACUGUUGGUAAGAGACAAAUCAACAAAUCCACCUGGAGCUACACAAAGACAUCUGUUGGGAAAAAUAAAUAAUGUAAAGAGUAAAAAAAAAAAAACCCAAGGAAAAAGACUUGAAGAAACUCGGAUCAGGAAGAGACUCAGUACUCGGUGUGGGAUUUCGUUUUGCUGUUUGUGUGUUCCACUUUACACAAGAGAAUAUUUUAAGGGUUACACACACAGUAUUACAUUUUUACUCUUCAAGUCCUGUUUAACAAAAACAACAGCAAAACAAAGAUCACGUCGUCUUUCACCAUUCUCGGCUUGUGUAGAGUGGAACUGGUGUCCUGUUUUUUUCUUUUUCGCAUCGUGUUCUCCGGAGAAAAACCCCGUUUCUACUCACUACUCGAAGUGGGAAAUCGCAGCGCGCUCCACUAGCGGGAACUGGAAUUAAUGAAUAACCGAUACCUCUCAGACCGAAAGCUAAUUAUUUUAUUUUCUAAAACAAGGUGCAAAGACAGAGCUUUUACGGUUUUAGGAUCUCCCGUCUCAACAUGAGUAAGAAUUAGAAAUCCUUUGUGCUCGUAAAUAUUUACUCCCCCGUCCCUCACGCUCCAGUGUUCUGAACCUGUUGAAUGUAAAAUCAUUCAAGAAAAGCAUAAAAUCCUGUCGCAAGGUAUUUUGGGAAAUGAAGUUUAAAAUGUUUUGAGUUUACACUGGGUUUAUCGGGUUUUUUUUGUUUUGUUUCUUUCUUUUUUUUUUUUUUCUUUUUUGCUUUUUUAAAGAAUGUUUACUGUCACUUGCACAGGUUCAAGCCCUUAUUUAAUUUUUUUUCUGAUAGUGUCAACAAUUCAAAUUACAGAUUUUUUCUUUCUCUGAAAAGCAUAUCUAAUAUAAAAUAAAUAUAAAUUAAAAAAAAAAAAAAAAAAAAGAUUUUCGUUGCCAACUAUAAACUACACGAGUGGAAGUUUUACACCCACCUCGUCGCCAAGGGCCGUGUCUGAACGUAUGCUUGCUAUAAAACGGAAAUGUGAACACACACACACACACACACACACACACACACACACUCGGGGUUCAUGUUGGCCCAUGUGCUGCUUUUUUGUUGUUGUUGUUGUUUUUUUUUUCAAUCGUUACUUUGUAUUAUAUGUUCGUUUGUUUUAUUUGUAUUUCAUUACGUUGUACAGGCUGUUACAUAACACUGAUAUUAUCUUCCUGAUUUGUAAGAAAAUAAAAAUGUAUAUAAAAAAAGUUACACCAUCCUAAAAAAUAUCUUUGCCAAGUCUCAUCCAUGGAGAGUCAACUCCAGAAUUAUUGGCACCCUUAAACAGAAAUUAAUACACAAAUUUAUAUAUAAGACAUGAUUAGCUUUCAUUUCUGACUUUACUACAAUCCUGAUUGUUUUUCCUUUUACAUCCAGAAUCUGACUUUCUGCGGCUCGACAAUCGUCUGUCUUGUGCUGGAAGCUCUUUGGUUUGGUGGUAGAUGACAGACAGUUAAAAUAAAUUAUUUUUUUUUUCUUACUGCAAUAAACCUUACCACAGAAAACCAUUUCUGUUAUACAGUCAGGUCCAUAAAUAUUUGGACACUGACAUUACUGUUACAUUAGCUGUCUACCACAGUAUAUACGAGUUGAAAUUAAAUUAUAUUAAAGAAUAUGAGCUCAAAGUGCAGACUUUCACCUUUAAUUUAAGGAUAUUUACAUCCAGACUGGAUCAACGGUGUAGGAAUUACAGCACUUUUUAUAUGUAGCCCCCCCUUUACAAAGUAAUUGGACAAACUAGUAAUCAUAAAUUAAAUCAUCACUUGUAAUACUUGUACAAUACAAAUCCUUAGCAGUCAAUGACUGUCUGAAGUCUGAAACUCCUAGACAUCACCAGACGCUGGGUUUCUUCCCUGGUGAGUGAUGUUCUGCCAGGUCUUUACUGCAGCUGUCUUCACUUCCUGCUUGGGAUGUUCUUGGGAUCUUGGGAUGUUUUGCCUGCAGUUUUACCUUCAGCCAGCAUUUGGCUGAAUCUGAGCAGAUAAUAUUGCUCUAUACACUUCACAAUUCAUCCUGCUGCUUUUAUCAGCCGGCACAUCAUCAGCAAGAGAAGCAGUUCCACUGGCACUGACGUACACACCAACGCCGUAAGAUGAGGUGGUACGCUUCAGCUCAUGAGCAGCUCCUUCUGUUUUUCAUACUCCUCUCUUUCCAUCAUUCUGCUACAAGCGGAGCUUUCUCUCAUCUGUCCAUAGGAUGUUGUUCCCGAACGGUACGCGUUUUGUUUUUUCUUUUAAAGAUGUUUUUUGGCAAACUCUAAUCUGGUCUUCGUGGUUUUGAGGCUUACCAAUAGGUUAUAUCUUGUGGCAAAACCCUCUGUUCUUCUUUUGAUUGUUGACUUUGACACAGAUAGGCCUACCUCCUCCUGAAGGGUGUUCCUGAUCUGGCCAUGAGUUUUUCUUCAUCUGUGAAAUAACUCUUGUGUUAUCUACCACAGUUGUUUUCCAUAGUCUUCCAUAGUGCCUUUUGGUGUUCCUGAGCUCACCAGUGCGUUCUUUCUUUUUAAAGAAUGUACAAAUUACAGCCGGGUCCAUAAGUAUUUGGACAGUGACACAAUUUUCAUAAGUUUGAACCCAUGGACAUCACCAAAUGCUGAGUUAUGAAAUUACAAAAAUUAGCUCACUGUCCAAAUACUCAUGGACCUGACUGAAGUUGAUUUGGUCACACCUAAUGUUUUUGCUCUGAUGGGUUUGUUUAGAUUUUUUCAGCCUAACGAGGGUUCGCUUCUCUGGCAGUAACAGCUCUUUGAUUCCACAUGUAAAUGCAACAUUUAAAAUCAAGACCUUUUAGACCUUUUAUCUGCUUACUUGUAUGUGAAAUAAUGAGGGGAAUAACACACACCUGCAACAGCCGAGCAACCGAAUUACUGUCCAAUUACUUUUGGUCCCUUUAAAAAAAAGAGCAGGAACACAUAUAACCAGUGCUGUAAUUCCUACACCGUUCAUCUGAUGUGGAUGUAAAUACCUUUGAAUUAAAGUUGAAAACUCUGCACUUAGAGCUCAUAUUCAUUAUUAAAGUCCAACUCCAUUAUAACAAUAACUUUACCAAUGUCCAAUUAUUUAUGGACCUGACUGUACAUAUAGAAAAAACAUUUUUCAGGGGUGUCAAUAUAUUUGCCAUGUUUGAGAGAAAAUAUUAUUCAAUAACAGUAUUACUAAUAUAUAUAUAAAAUGUAAGUAGUUUCUUUUUAUUAUUCCUGUAAUUUUCGCUCGUUCUUUUGUGGGGUGCCAAUAAUUCUGGAGUUGACGACAAUUUUUUUUAACUGCUUUCUCAUAUUCUGUCUAAUAUUUCAGCGAAUGUACCUCCCUAAAUAUACCAUUUCUGCAGAAACAGUGGUUUUACAUUAAGCAAAGAAACAAACAGGUUUGAUUUUGAAUUCUUUUUAUUUUCGAGUAGGAAAAAAAAAAAAUCCACCGUCACUGACAAGUUUAUUGCAGUGUUGCAUAUUAAUCAAACUGUGUUCAAAAUAUCCUAUAAUUACUGUUUAAGGCAGAGAGUGUAACUGUCUCUGUUAAAAAUCUGAUGUUUGUCCAUCCAUGAGAAUAAACACGCAGAACACACACACACACACACACA